CCACCCCCACCCGCCGUCGUCGCCGAACCACAAAGCCCCAUCGUCGCCUCCAAGCCCAAGCCCAAAACUGGAAGGGCAGUUAGACGUCUUAUAUUUGCCGCCACCUUCCUCCUCGUCGGUACCGUCGCCGGCUCCGUCCUGCGCGUUGUCGUCCACCCCCCAGAUCCCGCCGUCCCUGGCACGGAAAAGGACAGGAUAACGACCGAGAUUCUGCACAAGGAGGCCGAGAAGCUGCCCGUCUUCCAGACCCUGAGCGCCGACCCGGCCUGGGAGUCGUGGGAUGCCUACAACACGCUCACGCCUGAGCACAGGGCCCAGCACAUCGCGGCCGGCGCUAUGGGCGGGUCGCGCGGCGUCGGCGGCUACCAGCGCAUCUUUUACAAGGCUUCAACUGGAGAGCUGACGAGUGUCAUUUACUUUGGCCACUCCAUCACAGGGUGGCCCGGUGUCGUCCACGGCGGCGCCAUCGCCACAAUCCUCGACGAGAGCUGCGGCCGUGCUGCCUUCAAACAGUGGGGUGGCAUGUCCGGCAUGACAGCAAACCUAAAGCUGGCCUAUAUCCGCCCCACGCGCUCCGACAACUUCUACCUCGUCCGCGUCCGCCCCGUGCCCGACGACGAGCUCCCUGAAGAGGACCGCGGGAAGCGCCACUACAAGUCCUUUGUUGAUGCCUCGGUCGAAGAGGCCAGAACCGGCAAUGUUGCCGUUGUCGCCAAGGCCUUGUUUGUUGGCGGGAGCGGCAAGGACGGGAAGGCGAGCCAUGGCAAAUGGAAAGGCUCCGGUCUCGACGAAAACGCUCGCUUCUGA